AUGAACUCUCAACUCCAGGAGGUGGAGGGGGACGGAGGUCUUCCUCUUGUGAUGGAAUACUCUCAGCAACUGGAGACUCAAGAAUAUGCUUUCCCCACUGUGCAAGAUAUGAGCAUCACUGGGGAAAAUGGGGAGGCCGUACAUGGUGACUGUGAUAAUAAUGACACUGACAAUGUUGACGUCAUGAUCAGGACCUUGCUCAAUCAAUACAGUCAUCUGAAGCGUUCGGCGUUGGCGUAUAUGCGCACAAGUCUUGCUACGUCUGUUCGACUUCAGUUAAAACGUCAGCGAAUAGAGCAACACGAAAGCUCUUUGCGUCGUCGCGCGGAACUCUUUGCAACCGCUUCUUUGUCACCAAUCAUCAAGCUUAAUAUUGGUGGCACACGAUUUCAUGUGCAGCGAGACACCCUCCUUCAGUUCACCAUGACCGUGUUUCAUCUUUUGGAGGAUGGAAGGUUUAUGGUGCAGAAGGAUGAAUUCGGAUGUGUCUUUGUGGACCGUGACCCAUGGCUGUUUAGGGAGCUUCUCUUUUUGCUGCGUGAGCGGCGGCAACGAAUCCUUGAAGCUGGAGUUGCUUCUGCAGCGCCCUCACCAGGCGGUGUGGGGUACCGCAGACUUCUACAACUUUCCCCCGUUGAACGCAAACGAUUAUUGGAUGAGGCGCGGUAUUACGGUUUGAACGAACUUCUCCGAGAAAUCACUACAAAGCGGUUUCAGUGGCAACAGUGCAAACUAACUUCAGUAAAUUUUACUGAAUAUGAGACAAAUGGCUCAGAGCACAAUGAGGAUCUCUCGUCAAAACCCCCAGAGGGCCGCUGUUUUGCCACGUGUGUGUGUUGGGAGGACGAUAUUUUUUUAUUCGGGGGAUGCGGUGAAAACGAAGAGGUUUUUGACUCUUUCUUUCUUUUAUACUUGGAAUUUGACGAUAACGAUGACGAUGGUGGUGACGAAGAGACUGUUGUUGACGGCGCUAAAGCACCGCCUGAGCGAUUGGUGCGCCUCAAGUAUAACGUGAUUCAAUCUUUGUCUUCUGGAGAAGAAGACCACUUCCCCGUUCCAGAGCCCCGUUCGGGGCACGCGAUGGUGCUGUUGCAAGGUCGGUACAUGUUGCUAUUCUACGGCAACAACCUGCAUUCUCAUUUGAAUGAUGUGUGGCUUUACCAUCUCACUAGAGGCAUGUGGGUCCGUGUGGCGGUACGUGGUGCAUUAGUGGAGGCGCGCUCUGGUCAUACAGUAACAGAAGUGAAUGGCCGACUUUUCCUUAUUGGUGGUAAGAGACUUUUUGGGGAGAACAGGCAUCUCUUUGCGGAGGUCUUUGAGGGACACUUCGAUGUAGACCGAGUAGAGUUGACCUGGUCCAUUGUGGCAUCGCCUCAGACAAGUCUGUCUUUUCUGAAUCAACAGAGAGAGGGAAUGCAGCCACUUGUAGAUGAGGGACUGACUGCGUCGGCAGCAGCGACUGUGGACGCAGUUGAGGACAACGAAGGAGAAGCACUGUGUAGUCUAUUCCCAAUGGCAUACCAUACGGCCGUGGAAUACAAGGGACGUUACAUCAUUGUGUACGGGGGAAUGCGUGCGUCCUCUGGUACACAGAUUGGUGGUGGCAGUGGGGGUGGGGGGCGUUGGAACAGUAUGGCGGCCGCCACAGUUUCUUCUUUGGGGGGUGCAUCACCAAGUGUGUAUCAGUUUGACACACUGGAAUCCACCUGGCGUCGCCUUCGUACCUCAACCGAUUCACCAAACGUUGCUUUGUUGGAUAUCCCCCGAUCGGGGCAUAUUGCUUUGCGAUACAAUGAUGACAUGUAUGUUAUGGGAUCAUAUAAGGAGCAACGGAGUCUUUCUGUCUUUUCGUUGUCGCUAAAAACACUCAUGUGGAGGCAAGUACAAACAGCUGCGGCGCCCAUGCAUUCGCUGCCAUGUGGGCGAGCGAUGCCAACUGGAACGCUGCUUCCGCCGACAGCAUCGAACCCGUAUCCAAUGAUUUUUCUGUACGGGGGCUAUGAUGCAAUGAACAGGAAAUACCUCAACGAUGCGUAUCUUUUGACGCUAUGA